GGUUCUGCCGUGCAUUGUAGAAAUCGACAUUACCAUUCAUCAACGACUUUCCAUCCGGCAAUGUUAAAUUCAAAUCAUCACCUAAUUGACCGAAUGUUUUAAGUGAUUUAGAGAACUCACCAUUGCUUAUUUCCUGCAGCAAACUCAAUGUAUUUGACUGUUCCUCAGCCUCAAGUUGCAAGGGACAUAACUCCCAACCAUCUACCAUCAUGAAAUUUACAGCUUGUCAGAGUUUGCUUAAUCUUUUGAGGUGUAUGCUAAAAGGUCAUUUGGACUUGAGAUCAUUUUCAUGUUAUGUGUCAUCUAUUCUCAACCUCAAAAGGAUUGUUGUUGGCGGCUCAUUAGAUUAUCAGAAUGCUUCUCAUACUCAACUUAUUAUUAUGAGCUCUUCAGAGUGUUUGCGUCCUGUUGGAAGGCCUUAAUAUGUACAAUUAUUGCUUGUGAGGAGACAGUAGCCAGUCAAACCUCAGACACUCGAGUACUCUUUGAGGAUUUAUUUCCUGUUUCAUGGCUUUACAAGUCAGUGCGUAUGGUUGCUGAGCUUCAAGAGUCAUUCUCAAAAGAUAUUUAUCAUCAAGUUCAUGAUAUGAUCUUGGCGUUAAUGGAUCACACAUUUUAUGUGUUUCUGACAUUAAAUAAAUAUCAGUCUAAUCAUGCUGUUCGUUUCCUUGAGAUUGCUGAGCUAAACUCUGGAUCUGCUCAAGAACAGAGAAGUUUAUUGAAUUCGUCCGAUUAUAUUGAAGCCUGGAAAAGUGUAAAUAUUGUUGCUAAGAUUUGAAGGAACAGAUGCAGAUCUUACUUGUAAAUGUGAAGAAUGGCAUUUGUAAUGGAAAAGAGGGAGUUUCUGUUGAUGCUUUAAAUUUGAACAACUUUGCUUCCAUAAUUUCGUGUUUUAAUUAGUUGGGUUUUUAUGGGACCUAGCAUGCGUUGUGAUCGACACAGAUGGGAGAAAUAGUGAUGAGAAAGCUAAGUCGUCAAGGUGGAAACUUGAACCAAUCUCUCAACUCAACGUCUGUAUAAACGUUUUUGCAGAAAUUUCUUGUGUCUACUACAAAUACUUAUUCUUGACGAUAAUCAGCAUUCCACAACUAUAUGUGAUGCUUAUAAUCUUCAGAAGUCAGGCUACAAUUCAGAUUUGUUGGCUGCAGAGAAGAUUGUGCCGGAAGACAAUGAU